ACGUGCAUUGUAACUGGUGACAAGUUUUAUUUGUAAUUAACAAUGGCAGAGGACGUGAAGCCGGAAGUGAUUAAAAAAACGCAAGAUUUACUUGGAAAGUAUUUUAAAAAACCACCCCUCACAGAGAAAUUACUGAAGAAACCACCGUUUCGAUUUCUUCAUGAUAUUGUUUUAGCUAUCAUCAAUGAAUCUGGUUUCUUGGAUGGUUUAUUCACAGAAGAAGAGUUAAAUUCUGAGAACAUAAAGAACAAAGAGGCAAAACUUGCUUUUUUAACAAAGUUAAUUGAUGUUGUCAAAUUAGCUACUGGUAUUAAUCUAACUGUAAGAGCUAAUAAGAUAGUCUCUGGUCAGGAACCAACUAAAACAAAUGAAUUACUACAGGCAAUUGGAAAAGCUUUAGAUAAAAAGAUAAGCAGCAAAGACGCUAUCGAACGAUAUAAAAAAAAUAUAGCGAAAGGUAAAUCUACUUCAAAAAGUAAAUUAUCUGUAGGAAAAGAGGAAAGAUCAAAGGAUGGGUCACAUAAAAAAAUUUCAACAGAUAAAGAAAAAUCUACAGAACAAAGAAAAAAAGUUUCCAGUACAAAUAACUUAGCAGAAACAGAACGUAAAAAUGAAAGCCAUGAAUCUCAAACAAAUACUGAAAUUAAAACACAAGCUGAGCCAUCUCAGAAUAAAGUUCCUUCAUCUGCACAUAAAAGAAAGUCUUCAUCUGCUAAACUCAAACAAAAAGUACCUGCUGUGUCUUCAUCUGAAACAAUAACUUCUCAAACAAACAGAGAUAAAAAGAUGGAGGAAAGUAAAAAACUAAAAGAAUCUGAAAAUCAAACAAAGCAAAUAAUGCAGGAUGAAAAUAAAUCCCAAGAUCAGACACCACAUAUGGUAGAUACUAUCCAUUCAGAAUUUAAAUUUACAGAUAAUAAUGAGAUCGGUAAAAUAGAUGAGAAUACGAAGCCAGUAGAAUAUAAAGAAAAUGAAAUGAGAAAUAAUGAAGCUCCUCUUCAAAGCAAUGGAAAAUCGGAUCACAUAGCACCAGAAGUUCAAAAAUCUCAAUUAGAAAAUAUCGAUGUUAGUAAUUUAGAAACAAAUUCUAGGCCAAAAACUUCGUUACGUCCACCUUCCUCAAGGCCAAUUAGUGCUAGACCUGCAGCACCCAGAAUAAGAGGAAAGGCAGAGUUAUCUAUUAAUGAAGAAAUACUAACACCAAUGGGAACUAUUAGUGUCAUUGUAGAAAAUGCUGAUACUAGGGAGGAUGACGCUGAAGAUAUGGUAGUAAUGGAAACAAAAGGAAGCAAAGGUGAUUCCUUAGAAAACAAUAUUUAUAAAGCUAAUGAUCAAUUAACACAAGAACAUGGACAUCUCGUUGCUCAAAUAUUAGAAACGCAAAAAGAAUUGGUUAACAACGAAAACGUUGAUGUCAUACCAAGAAAGACAAAUAUUGCAUGGGAUACAAGUUCGAAACGGGACGUAAUUACAAAAGAAAUUGACAAAUUGCGUAAUACAAUACAAUCUUUAACGCGUGCAACAAAUCCGCUUGGGAAAUUAUUAGAUUAUUUUCAGGAAGAUGUAGAAAUUAUGCAGAAAGAAUUAUUAGACUGGAGAAAUCAGUAUCAAGAAGUAAAUGAACAGCUAAAAAUAGAAAAAAUAAAAACACAAGAAUUGAUAGAACCUAUGAGAGAAACGUUGAAAGAAAUAGAGUACAACAUGAAGACACAUCUUGACAAAAUAUGUCAAGCAAAGUUACAAAUUAUGAAAAAUGAUCAACGAAUACAAACUUUAUUAAAUGGUAAUGUCUAAUGUUUUUAAACACAAGUAUUACA